AUGCCAGCCAGGAGCAACACUGCAAAAGCGUCAACCAGCACCGGCAAUGCGACAGCGAAUGAACAGAUGCAGGAUCCCGCGUACAAGUUGAAAAGAAAAAAGAAUAAUGAGGCUGUGCAGCGCACGCGUGAAAAAACUAAGAAAACUGCCGAGGAACGCAGAGGGCGCAUCAAUGCCUUAAAAGAGGAGAAUUUACAACUGGCGGCAAGAGUACAGGCCGAAAAGGACAAAAUUAUUUAUCUGCGGAACUUGAUCAUGCAAGGCAUAAAGAGCGAAGAAAAGGAUCCAAUAAUCGAGGAGAUUUUAAGAUCCUCUGAUGAGGACAACGACGACGAUUUGACGACAUCACCCAAUCGAAAUGACUAACGAACAAUUAAUCUUAAUUUACCUAAUAUUAUUUACAUAUUUUUAGAUUAUUCGCUUUACUAACCGUCGUAGACGUCGAGCUUUUCCAUGUGCAGUGAGAAAACCUCAUCCAUUUUUCCGUUGUUAAUUUUAAUAAACCAACGUUAAAUGUAAA